AUGUGCGACGACUCGGGAACACCAACGCGUCGAAGCGUUCAAGGCGAGAAGUACGACCUACUCGCCACCGAGCAAAUCGCUAAGCACCUCCACCAGACCAUCGCCCUCAUCCUGGACCUGGUGCCGAGCAGCACGUCGGUGUUGCUGGACAUCCUGGAGCACAACUUCCCGCACAAGCGUCUCGACGUCGAGACCCACCGGUGCUACCUCUCCAACAUCCUCCAGGUGGCCUCCUACUGCGAGGCGCUCAAGUCCUCCAUUCUCGCCCUCGCCAUCAAAAACAUCCUCCAAAUCGAUGUGGAGAUCAAGAUUGAGUCGCUUGACGAGGAGGACGAAGACGAGAUUCAGUUCGACAUGGAGAUAACCGACGCGGCGGACAUGGGCACCAAGCUCGACGCGCUGAUGGACAUCCUGUUCACCUUCAUCUUCCGCGAGAGCCAGCGAAGCGAGAGCACCGCGAGCAGACUCCUGGAGCUCGACGCCAUCAUCCAAUCGCGACUCAACCCGCUCCGGCUGUGCGCGUCGACGGUGGUCACCGAGUUCCUCAAGGUGGCGGCCGACCUGUGCGGGCUGCUGCCCUCGGCUCGGGCCGUGCUCGAGCGCAACAAGCGGGUCGUGCUGGCGACCAAGUCCGUCUUUGGCAACGCCAACCAGCUCGACUCCUUCUUCCCCUUCGACCCCUAUCUCCUCCGCCACUCCUCCAAACACAUCAGCGCCAUCUACCAGACCUGGAGCCCCAUCCCAGAGAACCCCGCCACGGCCACCACCGCGCCACCAACCACAACCACGGCCUCGACCGCGACAGCUUUGACGAUCGCGCGACCAUCAUCAUCCGCCGCCGCGCCGCCGUCGCCUGCCAUGCGCGUGCCGCUCACAUUCCUGUCGUCGUUGCCCGGCUCGUCGUCGCCCAAUCUCGGCGACGGGUACUGCAGCAGCAACGAGACGCCGCCGGGCACGCCCAACUUCCUCAUGCGACGCGGCAGCAUCGGCGGCGAGGAGCUGGCGGCGAGCUUCACCGGCUCGCCGGGGGGCUUUUCGAGCAUGCUCUCGAUGACCCCGGAGAGCGUGAGCAACGACGUGGACUUCUCCUGGAAGUACUCCUGGGGAGGCAAGUAA